AUGGCGGCACGCGACACUUCGGCUCCUGUGAAACAGGAUGUUCGUGUCUUUCAGUCCAGCAUUGACACCUCCUCUAUCAUCUCCACAGUGUUUAAUCAACCCUCCAUGUACAUGGGCAUUGUGAACAUGCUUAUCAUGUACCUCACACAACGCUUUCCGGAGGAGCUGAUGUCUCCGCGGUACAUGACAAUGACGUACAACGGCAUUCGUGCCCCCGCCAUGCUGACAAUUCCUUUUUGCUGCAUCGCCGGUGCCUACUUCUCGGUAGCUAGUGUCAUCUGCACCUCGACAGUUCCCUUAGCCGGCCACCUCUACGGGUACACACUUAGUCUUGGAGUUGGACUCACAAUGCUCACAUUUCGUCGUGUGUCGUGGUACUAUCCGCUGCUUGGCGGGAUGUACCUUUUUUUUGGUGGGUUUCACCAUUACAGACGGAUGAUGAUGUUUGGCGAUAACGCCCCUAUCUAUAAUUGGGGUGACGCCACUGAAAUUUGGAACGCGCUUGCCGAGGCGCGAAGGGAGACACGCCGACGGAAGCAGGCGGCGGCGUAG